GAGGAUCCACCUCACCAGCUUUUCCAGAGCCGCCCGCAGAGCCAGAACCCGCGGUUGAGAGCGUUCGGGGGCCUGACGCCCCAAGCCUGGGCCACAACCACCCUCAGCUAUAUCCGCGAGAUCGACCUGAUCCAGACCCGCAGCUUCUUCUUGAAGAUGGCUUGGCCUGUUGGAUGUGCAUAUGCGGGUGGCCACCUUCCUGAGAGGAGACCCCGGCCUGCCCUCUGCAUCUCCUACGACACCCCCUCUUCUGAGCUUUCGCGCUUCUCUGUUCCCGUUGCCGGUCGCGAGAGAGAACCUUACGAUGCACCGGGCGCUCCUGCUGCUCAACGUUUCCCGGGAAAGAUGAUGUGGCCGAGCUUCGGCUACCUCGGUCGGGUCCUGGGCCGUUCCCUGGUGAUCCUCGUGCACGGCCUAUCGGCUUUUUCCCAAGGCCUCCAAAGGCUGACCGAUGCCCACUCUCGUUGUGAGAUUGAGCCCUUUGGCCUCGAGAGUGUCCUGGUCGAUGACUUGGCCCAGAGCUUGGAGUGGAAGCUUGUGGCUGCCUGGAACUGGCGACGCGAGCGUCACAUCAAUGUCCAUGAGCCCGGGGCCUACAAGCACCUUUGCAUGCGUAAAGCCCGUGGCCCUAUCCCGAGCCGGUUUGUCUCUCUGAUAGACUCGAAUGUGUCGAGAUGUGCCAUCAGCAAAGGCCGUUCCCCUUCGUCGGCGCUCGCCGCUGAGUUGCGAGAGAUUUCGGCUCUUAGUUUGGCUUUUGGUUUUUACGGCGCAUUGCCUUUUACGCCAACACGCCUUAUGCCGGCGGAUGCUCCUUCCCGCCAUGCUCCGGUUCCUCCCCCCUUGGCGGGGCCGCCUCUCCAUGAAAGGUACCCUCUUGAGGCUCUCGUUCCCCUUCCUCGGCUUAAGCGUUGGGCCGCUAACUGGGCCCGCCUGAUCCUACGCUCGGGUGCCUGGAUUCCUCCCCUUCCCGGCGAUCGCUUUGCAUCUGUCCCGGCGCUUCUUUACCGGCCUCCUCUGUUUGACUUCGACUCCUCCUGUGGAUUUCCCGGGGUGACUGGAACAGACUUGAGGGGAGGAGAGACCGCCCUUUACCCGAAGGCCGGCCUGUGGAAAGGGCCACUCAGCCCGGUCGACGUGGACGUCAUCAACGCCGUGAUGUCGAGAUUUGGGCGUGCCUUGUAUGAGGCUAUGCCGUGGCAAGUGCUCUUGGCCCUUGUCACGGCUGCCUUGUUUUGGGGCUGGCUGGAUGUUGCAGGCAUGCUGGCUUUGGCUUGGGGAGGCCUAGGCCGCAUAGGAGAGCUCUUCGCUGCUACACGGGCGGACCUGGUCUUACCAGCCGAUGGGCAAGGUACCAUAGACUACGUCCUCCUGGCGAUCAGAGAACCAAAGACUAGGAACACCGCGGCCCGUCAUCAGACACUGAAGCUGGACCAGCCUCAGCUGAUGCGGGUUGUUUCCCUGGCUUUCGGUCGCAAGCAUAGAGCCCAGUUCCUGUGGCCCUUCUCGCCAGGGACCUUUCGGCAGCGGUUUGCAAAGCUAACAGAAGUUCUCGAGCUGGGGUGUUUCAAAGACAGCGGCCUUCGUCCUCUUGACUUGGGGUCAUUGAGGGCGGGGGGCGCCACGUGGCUUCUGCACGCUACUGAAAGCGGUGAGUUGGUACGCAGACGAGGACGAUGGCUAAAUGCCAAAGUCAUGGAGAUCUACGUCCAAGAGGUCUCGUCGGUACUGUUUCUUUCGAAGCUACAAGACCGCGUGGCGCGGCGAAUUGUUGAUACUAUGCAGCUCUUCCCCGCCAUGCUCAGCCAAGCGGAGCUCUACGAGCAAUUUGGAUACCCUCCUUCGUCGUGGUUCUCUUUGUCUGCCGUGGGUCGGGCUUGA